AUGGAAAAAAAAGGUGACGGAAUUUACGGAUCAACACUCGGAAAACAAAAUGUUGGAUAUGUCAAACCAGUACGAGAAACGAUUCUCAGCUUAGCCAAAACCAUUCCUUUCACUGACAAGGACUCGGUCUUCAACAUUGCCGACUAUGGUGCAGCUGAUGGUUCUACUGCCAUGGCCAUUUUCCGUGAGUUGUUGGCCACUUUGAAAGACCAUCAUGGUCCCAACACCCAGUUCCAGGUUAUUUAUGAAGACUUGGAAAUGAAUGAUUUCAAUUCCCUCUUCAAACGUAUGUCAGGAAUCAUCCCUGAUCCGCCGUCCUACCUCCUGGAAAUGGACAAUGUCUAUGUCCUUGCUUCAGGGACAAACUUCUACAAGCAGUGUGUACCUUCAAACUCAAUGCAUUUCAUGAUGUCAAUGACGGCUGUCCAUUGGUUGUCAAGGACUCCAACCACCUUCAAGGACUCGAUUUACAAAGAUGCCAAGAGUAGUACUGAGGAGACGACUGCACUAAACAAGCAAGCCGAGUUGGACUGGGAGACCUUUUUUACUGAGAAGAAGUAG